CUACGUCUCUUGCUCAAACGGUGUCCAGUCGCUCUCGGAUCAGAGGCCUCCGACUCACGAGUCCCUCGAACGGGCCAGCUUGGGUCAUAUGAAUACCGGCCCUCGCGACAAGCCAAUGCCGUCCAUGACGUACGUCCCCAUCGCCAUAUCCCAUCCAUCCUACGAGUGCCCGCCGAGCCCACAGCCCCUGCCUGCGCCAGCAGCAACAGCAUCAACAGCAUCAACAUCGACGAACGACUUCCCAACGGCCCGCUCCAGAGGCUCGUUAUCCCCUUCCGAAGUGGCCGCCACCGUCGCCAGCAUCUCCUCUGGCUCGACGAGUGCGCUGCCUGCGACGCAGACUUUUGUCAAAAUGGCUCCGGCCAACUUCGCGUUGAGUCCCUUUCACGCCUACUCAACAGCUCUUCCCUGCCAUUCGCCCAUGUCACAUUUCAGACUCAGCCUCGCCAACGGAGACGACAGCGUCCCAUCCUACCAAUACAUGGCCGGCUCGGAGUCGAGAGGACCGUCUCAGCCGCCCACUCCGUUGCUUCCCUUUUGGCUGGCUCAGCACCAGCAGCACAAGCAACCACGUCCACAACAACCGCAACAACUACAACAACAAUUGGUCUCGUUCCAACCGCCCUGGUCUAG